AUGAUUCCUCAAGCUUAUCCAAAAGGUUGUACGUUGAAGCUUAUUGAUCUCACAAAGAAUCGGUUGCAAGGGCCUGUACCAAGAUCUUUGGCGAAUUGUGUGAUGCUAGAAUAUUUGAACCUUGGUUACAAUCAUAUUCUUGAUGAGUUCCCUCUAGGGCUAUUAGAAUUGACAGAGCUGAAAGCUAUUAUAUUGAAGUCCAAUAAGUUCCAUGGUCCAAUAGAAGCAUAUCGAAGCCAGUUCAACUUCAGCAAUUUGCAUAUCAUGGACCUUUCCAACAAUAACUUCAAUGGUGAACUUCCUUCCAAGUUGAUGCAGAGUUUCCAUGCCAUGAAAGUAAUUGUUGUUCAAGAUCAUUUGGAUUAUAUAGGUAUUUGGCAAACUUAUGGUACCUCCCAAAGAUCAAUAUUUGCAAAGUAUGAAAUGAGAUUGAUGAAUAAAGGCACAGAGAGGGAAUUCUCGAAGGUUCCAAAUGCACUUAUGGGAGUUGACCUCUCCAAUAAUAAAUUUGAAGGACACAUACCUGAUAUCGUUGGAGAUUUGAAGUCUCUUAUUUUGCUUAACCUUUCAAACAACAUUCUCACUGGUUGCAUUCCACCUUCCUUGGCAAACUUGACAAUGCUCGAAUCUUUAGAUCUUUCUCAAAACAAACUGUCAGGAGAGAUCCCUCAACAUCUAGCCCAUCUUACAUUCCUUUCAUCUUUCAAUGUCUCUUAUAAUCAACUGUUAGGACGAAUUCCACAAGGGAGUCAGUUCAACACAUUUGGGAUAGAUUCGUAUGCCAUGAAUGAGGGGUUAUGUGGAAGCCCUUUGCCAAAAAACUGCAUAACGACCAAGGAUAUGUCACCAUUAUCACCGCCUCUCGAUGAAGAAAAUGGCGAACAGUCUCUAUUUGACUUGGAUUGGAAAGUUGUGCUGAUUGGCAUUGGAGUCGGGUUAAUGAUUGGUGUUGUGCUAGGGAACUUGAUCAUUGACGAGAAGAGUAGGUGGUUCUUGCACCAUGCCAAGAAAAUGGAAAAGAGAUGGAAAUGA